GGGAUAGAGCUAGUGAUCAACAUAGAAUAAAGUAUUCAAAGAAAAACAAAAAACAAAAACAACUCCACAAAUAAUAUUUUUAUCACUUGCAUGGUUACAUGCAUGUAGAAAAUCCAAAGCAAUAAAAAAGUACAAUUAUAUUAAAAUAUAAUGGAGGCCGGUAGUUCCUCAUCCAAUAACGAUGCCAAAUCAUCCUCAUUCCAAGUCCAGCAAGAUUACUCCGAGGCGGAGACGCCGGUGUGGAAGAUCGUAAUGGUGUCGGCGGUGGCCGCCGGAGUACAGUUUGGGUGGGCUCUACAGCUAUCCCUUCUGACCCCUUACGUUCAGCUGCUAGGAAUCCCACACAAAUACUCCUCCUUCAUUUGGCUUUGCGGUCCAAUUUCUGGCCUAAUCGUUCAGCCCCUAGCUGGUUACUACAGUGAUAAUUGCACCAGCCGGUUCGGACGUCGCCGACCUUUUAUCGCCUCUGGUGCAGUACUGGUCAUCGUCGCUGUCUUCCUCAUCGGAUUUGCGGCGGACAUAGGUCACUCUGCCGGGGACCCCCUUGGAAAAGCAUCCAAACCUCGAGCCAUUACGAUUUUCAUAGUUGGAUUUUGGAUACUUGACGUUGCCAAUAACAUGUUACAGGGUCCAUGCAGAGCGCUGUUGUCCGAUCUCUCCGACGGAAGUGCCGACAAAACAAGAAUGGCAAACACACUCUUCUCCUUCUUCAUGGCGGUGGGAAACAUCUUAGGUUACGCCGCGGGCUCCAAUCCCCGCUUGUUUAUGAUGUUUCCGUUCACCCGUACAGAUGCAUGCGACAACUACUGCGCCAACCUCAAGAGUUGCUUCAUCAUCUCCGCCUUCCUCUUGCUCUCCAUAACCACUGCCGCCGUGACAUUUGUCACUGAAACCCCCUUCUCGAGCAGCAUCUACGAGGAGGAAGAGUCCACGAAGGUGCCCUUCUUCGGGGAACUUUUCGACGCCCUAAAGAACCUCCCCAAGUCCAUGUGGAUUCUCCUCCUCGUCACCGCCCUCAACUGGAUCGCGUGGUUCCCUUUCCUCUUGUACGACACUGACUGGAUGGCCAAGGAGGUGUACGGCGGAGAAGUCGGGGACGGCGGGCUGUACGACAGCGGCGUGCGGGCGGGUGCGCUCGGGCUGAUGCUCCAGUCAGUUGUUUUAGGGUUUAUGUCCAUUGGGGUGGAGCUCCUCGCGCGUCACCUCGGAGAUGUUAAGAAGUUGUGGGGCGGGGUUAACUUUAUUUUGGCUUUCGGGUUGUCCAUGACGGUGGUGGUGACCAAGUAUGCCACCCGCUCAAGAAGGCUCGACGGUGUCGGACGCGUCAUUCCACCAACCGCCGGAGUUAAGGCCGGAGCUUUGUUCGUCUUUUGCAUUCUUGGUAUUCCUCUUGCGGUGACUUUUAGCAUUCCGUUCGCUCUGGCGUGCAUCUUUUCCAGUGAUGCUGGUUCCGGCAGCGCUGGUCUGUCGCUUGGUGUCCUCAAUCUUGCCAUUGUUGUACCACAGAUGUUUGUAUCCUUCUUAAGCGGGCCAUGGGAUGCAUUGUUUGGAGGUGGGAAUUUGCCGGCCUUUGUAGUGGGUGCAAUAGCCGCGGCAACCAGUGGAAUAUUAUCAAUCACACUUCUUCCCAAGCCUCGAUCAGAUGCUAAGCUUGUGGUGCCAUAGUGAUGGAAGUCCAAAUUCGUCCACCCAAUAACUCUCAGAUUUUGUUGAGAGGGUUUUGAUUACAUUGUAUUACGCUUAAUGCCUUUUCACACUGAUGACAUGAGAAAUGAGUUUGUGUUCCUUUUUCUUUAACAUAUGAAGCGUUGGAGGACCAGAGAAAAAUGUCAAAUUGUUCCUCCUGCUUUGUACGAAAACUUAAUUAAGUUACCGUACUUUAACUUUCAUCAAUUACAUCCUUCUACAAAGUAAUUU